AUGACAGAGACUGAAUUGAAAUGUUUAAUUUGUAAAAUAGAUUCUUUUAUAGAUCCAUCUAUUAAAUUGUACAUUAGCCCAUGUUUGCAUCAAGUAUGUGAAGUUUGCUUGUUUAAAGUUUUUGAUUUAACACCAUCUCCAUGUCCUCAGUGUGGAACGUUACUUAGAAGAAUUAACUUUAUGGCACCAACAUUUGAAGAUAUAGCUGUUGAAAGAGAGAUUAAAGUGAGAAGAUUUCUAAAUAAAUACUAUGGUAAGUAUUUAAAGAUGAUUGAUGAAAACUUUAAUCCUGCUUUAAAUAAAGAAGUUGAUGAUUGGUUAGAAAAAUAUGAAAGUUAUCUAUUUGAAUUGUUAGAACUACCUAAUGAAAUAGAAAUUGAUAACAAAGUACAAAGAGAUUAUAAUAACAAUUUUUUUAAUUUGGAUUUGUUUGAAUUUAUACCUGAAGAAGCUGAAAUUAAAAAAUUAAAAAAGGUUGAUAAAACAGUUAUUGAAAAUGAACCAUCUUUUGGUGUUAUAAAUUGUAAGAACAGAUUUGAUGAAAUUGAAUUAGAAAUUCCUCGAGUUCUUUUUAAAAUGGUUAAUGAAGAAAGAUUCUCAAAAGACAUAUUUUUAAAAUACUGUGAAUACCAUUUAAAUAAAAUUUUAUUAGAUUAA